AUCACGGUAAACAGCCAUUUAUUCUUUACAAAUUAAGGUUAUUUUGUGUUUAAGAUAACAUAAGGAAUGAAAUCUGAAAACAAAAAAUUUUUCCAUACUCCAUUAUCUUUUUUCUAAACUUAUCUAGUUCCUGAAAACAAUAAAAGCAAAUUCCAGACGUAGGAAUCUGUGUUCUGCUCCAAAACAAAAACACGAUUACUUGUCAAAAGUUAAACCAUCCCCGCCCUGGAUCACAUCUGCGGUCGAUUCGUCAGGCCUGCGGUUGGAUUUGCUCUGCAAUCUGCACCUCGUGAUCAGCAGUUGUUUACUCAUCGUCGUUAUCUGAGGUGGUUUGAUCAGAUGAUCGGAGGGAUUUAAUCAACGACAGGAGCAGUCGGCGGCAGAGCCUGCUAACACACAAAGCUGAAGGAGCUGACAGCGACCGACCGGCUAUGACACAUCGAAAACCAUGGCGGGUUGGCACCGGUUAACAGCUCUCUGCAUCGGCUUGUUGUUGUUGUUGUUGUUUGUGGAUCCGAGCGGCGGCAGACCCGCAGAGAAAUGCCUCCAGAACAAGUCCUGUCAGAACCGGAGACCUCCCGUCGUCCUUAUCCCGGGGGAUCUGGGGAACCAGCUGGAGGCGAAGCUGGAUAAACCCAGCGUGGUCCACUACAUGUGUUACAAGAAGACAGAAAACUUCUUCACUCUGUGGCUCAACCUGGGGCUGCUGGUGCCCUAUGCCAUCGACUGCUGGAUAGAUAACAUCAGGCUGAUCUAUAACAGUACCACACACACCUCUGACGCCCCGCCAGGUGUGGAUGUUCGAGUCCCGGGUUUUGGAAAGACGUAUUCCCUGGAGUACCUGGACCCCAGCAAGCAUAACGUGGGCAUGUAUUUCUUCAGCAUUGUGCAGGCAAUGGUGGAGUGGGGCUACACGAGAGAUGACGACGUCAGAGGAGCUCCAUACGACUGGAGGAAAGCUCCGAAUGAGAAUAAAGAAUAUUUCCAGGCGCUGCAGCAGAUGAUUGAGGAGAUGGCGGAGAAGGCCAGUGGACCUGUGGUGCUCAUCGCCCACAGCAUGGGGAACAUGUACACGCUAUAUUUCCUCAACCAGCAGAAGCAGGCCUGGAAAGACAAAUACAUCAAGGCUUUCAUAAGUCUAGGAGCGCCAUGGGCCGGCGUGGCCAAAACCCUCCGUGUGAUUACAUCUGGCGACAACAACCGCAUCCCGGUUAUCAGCCCACUGAAGAUUCGCUCACAGCAACGAACCGCCGUCUCCACCACCUGGCUCCUCCCGUAUGACCACUCUUGGCCCAAAGAUCAGGUUUUUAUCAAAACACCCACCACCAACUACACUGUGAAGGACUAUGAGAAACUCUACUCGGACAUCGGUUUCAGAGACGGUUGGCUGAUGCGUAAGGACACCGAGCCGCUGGUGUCUGACCUGACCGCCCCCGGCGUGGCCGUCCACUGCCUGUACGGCAACGGGAUCCCCACGCCAGAGGCCUUCCAGUACUCGGACAUGUUCCCAGACGUGGAGCCCGACGUGGUGUACGGCGACGGGGAUGGGACGGUGAACCUGCGGAGCGCCGUGCAGUGCAAACGGUGGACAGGGCAGCAGAAGCAGCCUGUCGCCCUCAAAGAGCUGCCGGGCAACGAGCACGUAGACAUGCUGACGAACAUCACCACCGUGGACUACAUCAAAACUGUGCUGUUCUCCCCGUCAAGCUGCCAAAUGCUUGAUGUACAUGGCAACAAAUGUCUCAACUGAAAGUGUUCAGAUUUUCCUUGAGAAAUCCUGAAUCCUGUUUUGUAUGAACUGAUACGUUUAACCCUGAGAUCUACAGGAUGUUAAGAUGUUUUUGUUGGUUAAGACUUCAAACGUUUUCUAUUGGUCUCAGAUUUCACAAAGAUUUUAUUCACCUUGUAAUAGGAUAAAAGAACAUGCAAGUGUCAAAAAGCAGGGAUGGUUUAUUAAAGCUGUGAGAGAUUUCUGAACUCCCUUGACAGUAACAAAAAUUUUAAAGCACAGAUUAUAAUCAUCUAGUUUAUUAAUUAUAUAAAUGAUUUUGCAGAUUUGUGUCUCAAUUUCAUGUAACUUCUUGUGUUGUUGAUUAUUUAUUUUCUGCACUCAGCGAAGCUGUUGCGGUUUUUAUGUGGUCAAUGUUACACGAGUUACAGACCACCGCCAUAUCAAGAGUGUGAUUUUAGUCAGAAAAAUUAUUUUACGAUCCACAUUUUAUUGUGUAAAAUAUAUUAGGAAAUCUGUUUGAUGCAGGGAAAAGAUCAAAAUCUUUUGGUCCAUUUUUCCUGUUUGUGUGUUUUUGUUGGGGUUUGGUUUGAAUCAGGUGCCUUACAAGGCUUUAAUUACAGAAAGCUAGAAGGAAGAGACUCUUCCUGAUUCUGUAACUCUUUUUCCUAGAUGUUUUAUACUUUUCUUUGUUGUUUUAGCAAAUGUCAAAUGCUCUGUUAUGACUUGUUAUAGAAAACCGAACUCCUGCUGUGCAGAUGUAAGGAGAGAAAUCUGGACCUGAGUGAUUGUACUGUGCCAUAAGGCCCUCACUGACCAAACUGAUAUUCUAUGAAGUUUCACUUCUGCUCAUAAAGGUGUGACAUAAACAAGCUGCCUUCUGAACA